GCUCCGCGGUUCACGACGGAUGAAGACAGUAGAGAGUGGACAUGUCAAUAGACACUAAUGUAAAAGAGACAGCCACGGACGUGGCGCGGGGAGGUCUGCUAUUAGAGAAUGCCACUGCAAUCAAAUGUCACGCGUGCAUUAGCUCUUAGCAGUAAACACGUUUUUGUUCCGCUUGUUUUGUGUCUAGUUUUUAACCUUGAAUCAUAAUUUUGGGCCUAUAUUCAGCUCCCGCGGUUAAUUAGAAAAUGCCUCUUGUACAGAAUCAACAAGCCGGAAUAAUUUUGACAGAAACUCCUAUAGGAUCAUUCAAACAGAGGAAACGGAAGUCCAUCAUGGUCACUAUGAUGUUGCUUAUUGUGUCUGUACUCAUCCUUAUCUUUGGACUGGCAGCCACCACCAGGACACAGAACAUCACAGUCGGUGGCUACUACCCUGGAGUCAUUUGUGGAUUAUCAAGGCACAAGGCGAGACCCAGAUGCAGACACAGGAGGCAGAUGCUGGGCUUUGGCUCCUUUCUGGGAAUCAUCGGAGCCCAUCUGAUAGAAAACAAGAGGCAGAUGCUGGUGGCGUCCAUUGUGUUCAUCAGUUUUGGAGUGGUGGCUGCCUUCUGCUGUGCCAUUGUGGACGGGGUGUUUGCAGCCAGACACAUAGACCUUAGACCUUACUAUGCCGGCCGCUGUGAUUUCUACGCCAAUUCAAAAUCUUCUGUGGAUUAUGAGGACGUUCACUGCCAGACAGCAUCCCGUGCAACCUGUAACCUACGUGUGAAAUCUAAUACUUGCUACUGCUGUGACCUCUACAACUGUGGCAAAGAACAUCCUCUUUUGGGACAUGCGAAUAAAGAUGUUUUGAAAAAGUUUAGGAAAACGUCCAUGAUUUGGAAGCCCAGCCGUGUGGAGCUGAUGGGGGGCUACCACGAGUACACGGAGGUGGGGAGCUGUGAGGAUGUGGUACACCUUUAUCACCUGCUGUGGUCCGUCACCAUCCUCAACAUCAUCGCUCUUUUCCUGGGCAUCAUCACCGCCGCCGUGCUGGGAGGCUUCAAGGACAUGACGCCCAUGCUGACCCCUGACUCGUGUGAGUCAGAGCCCCUCCCAGCAGCCCCUGUCUCCACAGAGCUUCCAGCUCCCAGCACCUCCUCCUUCAACUGCUACUACAGCAAUGCCCCCUACCUGCCACCCUAUACUGCCUACGACCUGCAGGGCUCCAGUAUGAUGUUCCCAGACUCUUCUGGCCUGUCUGAUGAGUCCCAGUCGGGGGCCAGCCACAUGUGGUCCUCCCUGGUCCCCCCGUGCUACUCUCCACCUUACUGCCCACCCGAUGAGAAGCCCCCGCCAUACAGCCCCUAGGAGAGAGGCUGGAACUGGGAAAGAACAGGGGAGGACAUACGGUAUCGUCUCCUCUUUUGCCAGCUACAUUGGCAACAAAGGGCAAUGGGUAUUGAUGGGUGUUAGUGGACCUUGAAUAUUAACCUGUUUGAACGCGAGCUGCUGCUGCAUCUGGUGCUCCAAACUGUUCCUGAGCAGCCAAGCCUGCCUGAGCUGUGUGGAAUAUAAAGAUACAAGGAGUUAGUGGAAUAAAGAAAGAUCAUGAGUCACCGAUGUGACUAGAAGCCAGUGCGGUGAGGUUUAAUUCAUCCCCCAGUAAGUAUAGCCUGUUAGGAUUCAGCCAAACCUGGAUGGAGCGUAUAGCAAGACCCUGCUUGGCCUACACCCCCUUUUCUCAGCAGACUCUCUCAGUUGGUGCUAGUUUGCUCCCUAACUCCUCCCCUUGGCCCUAACUCUUCCAUGUCUGCAUUUCUAAGGGGUCUGGAUAACUAUAAGCAGCGUAGUGGGGGAGGCAACAUCCUAUCGUUUACACCUUACAGGUCUGCAAACAUCAAAGGGUUAUUUGAUUUGAUGUCAUUAGGAUCCCCAUUAGCCGACACCAAUGGUGACAUCUAGUCUACCUGGGGUCUGAUACACAACGAAAAAAUACAUUACAGACAAAAAUACUAUAAUUUACAUACAUCUAAAAAUAUGAACACUAGCUAGGUUUCCAUCCCAUUGAGGACAGAUUUUCAUGCAAAUAUUCUAGAAUCCGCAUAAAGAAAACAUGCGCAUUUUCCCACCAGAGGUGUGUUUCCACCAAAUAGACUUGUUGCGGAUAAAAAUCAGUGCGUGAUGACAAUUUACUUUUUCACAUAAGUUUUCAUGUACAGAAUACAUUUUUUAAGUUCAAUGUGUUUCCAUCGCAUUUUUAACUUUACUUACUACUAACACUGUUGCGUUAAUGUGCCUACUCUGGUCUUGGCAGUGUGUUCUAGCCAACAACUCACAGAUACAGUGCGGGUAGGCUGUGCAGGUAGUAAAAAAUGAUAAGAUUAUUAUGGAUAAGAGCAAGAAUAUUUUUAUUUGUCAAAUCGAUCAUCAUGACACCAGAAAAGGACCCUCGAUAGUUAUUGGAAAGGAGCAACAAGAUCACUUUGCACUUUCAGCACCCUGUGAAGUUCAUCAUAACAUAUUUCAUCUGUAGCCUAAUAAACUGCAUGGUUUCCCGAGUUGUAGUGGGAGGAUCACACACCAUAUCAUCGCAUGACUUCAAGUUUACUUUGAUACAUUUGCUCAUAAAGGUGUUUCCACUGCCAUUUCUUGCCUAAUUAAUUGUACAGACACAAAAAGAUCCCACCAUGUCGAACAAACAAAUGAUCUGUUGGCGUUUAUAAAAUUGUACUGAAACAUCCUGUUUCCUUCA